AUGUCGUCAGUUACAACCCUUCACCGGGACACAGCUUUCCAGGUGCGGUCAUUGUUCCGCUCCCUCAUGCGCCAAUCCUCUCAAUUUUCAAACUACAAUUUCCGUGAAUACGCCCGCCGACGGACGAGAGACGCCUUUCGGGAUCAUCAGAAGGAGGGCGAAGAGCGCAAGAUACAGGAGUUUAUCCAGGAAGGGUUGAAGAAUUUGAGGAUGAUGAAGCGACAAACUGUGAUCAGUCAGUUCUAUCAAUUAGAUCGAUUGGUAGUGGAGGGGCAAAAGACGGGCAAACAAACCGGUGACAGAGGCGAUAUUGUGCGCCAAAAGGAUGUUGGAUCCUCUCGCUCCGGCCGCCAAUUCGGCGAAGCCACAAACCGUAGUCGUACCAGCGCCGCAGAUCACGAUAUCUUCGAGGGCCUCCCCAUCCGUCGCUGGACCCGUCAAGCGCAUACAAUCUCCCAAGACGCCAAACACGAUAAUUUCCCCGACCAACACAACGCCGCUGGCGCCGGCAGUAGCAGCAACAAUGUUGCCGGCGGUAAGACCGAUCAUCAAUUCCCGGAAUUACCAAUGCCCAAGGACAGCCAUCUGCUUGCGCCGCAAAGCAGGGCGUUGCUGAGGGCUGCGAGGGCUGGUUAUAUUUAUUUGCUGCCAGCGUCCAAGGAUACGCAAUCUGUCGAUGAACGCGACGGACCUGAUAUGGAAGACGCGACGACACCGGCAGUGAAGAAUGAGAGGAGUUAUACAGCCCGAAAAUGGAGCCAGAUCCCCCGGCACGUUGAGCUUCCCGAAGUCGAGUUUUUGGCAAAGAGGAGACCUGGUUUACCAUCUCUGUAUGGAGCUUCUGGUGCAGUCACGGCUGCUGUGCCCAAUGCAUCACAACCCAUGCGCAAAGCCAAGAUUCGAAAAGUUGACCCGGACACGGGCAAUAUUACGAUUUAUGAUGCUUGGAUUCCGGAAGGGCAGAAAGUGGACGGUGAAAUUAAGGAUGAGUCGCAGGCUUCGAAUGGCCAGCCUGAUGUUACGGUGAUUAAGGCAACUCCGGCGCCGGGGACGGUGGUGGAAGGUGUUGGCGUUGCGAAUGCGGAGGGCAUUGUGGUUGCGUCGACGGCUGUGGAGUCGCCGACAAAACGGAAAGGUCCGCCGCCGCCGAAGAGAAGGGGUAAAGGCUUGAGGGGUAGAGGCAGGAAGAAGGUUAUGUUUGCGCCUGGUGAAGGUGCUGAAGCUGGUGGUGAAGCUGGAGCGGCUGAUGGUGAACAAGAUGAAGAUGAGGAUGAUGAAGAGGGUGAAGAGGGCGAAGAUGGAGAGGAUGGCGAGGAGACUAUUAAACCAGAAGAAACGUCAGAUACGCCGAUGAAAGAUGUAGCUCCCGAUACAGCUCCCGAUACAGCUGCAGAUACAGUUUCAGCUACAGCUACAACUACAACUACAACUACAGCCACAGCUCCCGAUACAGUUGCAGAUACAACUGCAGAUACAGCUGUCGAUACAGAUACAGCUCCAAAGUUGGAUCUUGAAGCAACACCAAGUCUGCCACCGCCACCGGCUCCAGAGAAUGAGACUGUACCGCCUCCGACGGAGCCUGUUAUUCCGGAACMUCAAUCUCCAAUUCGACCUCAGUCAGAACAAUUGACCCCUCCAGAGGAUCCUGUCCCAGAGAUCGAACCAUCAAAGGUCGAAGAAGUGCCUGAAGUCAAGCCCGAACGUGCGUCUAGUGCAGACAUGAUGGAAGAUAUUCAGCAGACGCAACCUGUGCCAGAGGUUCCUGUUACCGAAACGAUUGAAAUCACAGAAACUGUCCAGCCUGUGGUGGAUGCUACAACUGCAACCGAAACGGAAAUGGAGGUAGAAACGGAAAUGAAAGUAGAGCAGACCGUGCUACAACCAGAUGCGCCGAUCUCAUCCGAAGCGGUCGAGGAGCCCCAACUCGCGCCAACGGCUCCAGAAACACAACCCGAGCUACCAGACACUAUCCAGGAGAGCGUAACGAAAGAGCCCUCACUGCCCGCAGAGGAAACGAGUCAAGUAAAGACUGAACAGUCCCCUGCUGUUGAACUUCACACUGAACCCGAAGUCAAACCCGAAGUCGAACCCGAAGUCGAACCCGAAGCCAAACCCGAUACCGCGCCUGCCGUAUCAGAGCCAGUCGCAGAGGACCAAGCUGUCAAAGAACAGACCCCCUCAAUAGAAGAAAACACAACAAACCCUGCUCCUGUGGAGGCCCCAGUCGAUGAAAAGACAGGGGAAUCAUAG